AUGAGUAAUAUUCAAACAGAUAAUAUUAUUAAAGAAGAAGAUAUAAUUGUUAAAGGUGGAGAAGGAAAAGCAAAAAGUUUUCAAGAAUGUAAAUUAAAUGAAGAUAUUCUUGAUGGAAUUAAUGGAAUGGGAUAUAUUACACCAUCACAAAUACAAAGUUAUGCUAUUCCAAUUAUUUUAAAAGGUAAAAAUCUUGUUAUGCAAUCACAAUCAGGAAGUGGAAAAACAAUGGCAUUUCUUCUUUCUACAUUACAAUUAAUUAAUAGAGAAGAUCCAUUUUGUCAAGUUAUUAUUAUAGUUAAUACAAGAGAAUUAGCAAGACAAACAGCUAGUAUUUUUGAUGAAUUAACAGAAUUAAUGGAUGAUGUAACAAGAUUAUUAUGUCUUCCAGGAUAUGAAGGUGAUAUAAAAUCACAAUAUUUUAUUGGAACAGCUAGUUCAAUUUAUAAAACUAUUGAAAAAGGACUUCAAAAUAAAAGUUUUGAACCAAAAAAAGUUAAAUUUCUUAUUAUUGAUGAAGCAGAUGCUAUUUUAAAUACUAAAUUAUCUUCAAAUUCAAAUGGACUUUCUGUUUAUCAAUCAGUUUGUGAAAUUAAAAAAAUUAUUCCUCUUGAUGUUCAAACUAUUCUUGUUUCAGCUACUUAUCCUGAUCAAAUGUCAAAAUUAGAAACUAAAUUUAUUGGAAAUAAUGCAUCACAUAUUCUUAUUCGUCAAAAUGAAGUUCCUUUAACUAUUUGUCAACUUUAUAUGAAUAUUCCAUCAUCACAACGUCCAAAAGUUAUUCUUGAUAUUUUUAAACAAAUUAUUCUUUCUUCAAAAGAUGAAUCUGUACUUUCUGGUUGUGGUCAAGCUGUUGUUUUUACUAAUAAAAAAACUGAUGCUAUUAAUUUAAUGAAUUAUUUAAAUAAAAAUAAUAUUCAAACUCUUGUACUUAUGGCUGGUAAUAAUGAUAUUAGAGAUGAAGUUAUUGAUGCUUUUAGAAAUCAUAAAAUUAAUUUCCUUAUUACAACUGAUGUUAUGGCUCGUGGUAUUGAUAUUCUUGAUGUUAAUUUCGUUAUUAAUCUUGAACUCCCUUUAAUUUAUCCUUCUCAAUCUAUUGAUAUCAAUACUUAUAUUCAUCGUAUUGGAAGAACUGGUCGUAUUGGUUAUAAAGGACUUGCUCUUACUUUUCUUGAAUCUAAUCAAGAACUUCCUUUUAAACAAAUUACUACUAUGAAAAAUAUCUUUGUAGACGAAUUCUCUUUGGAUCUUCUUGAUCAAAUUAAUGACAUUCUUCUUCUUAAUGAAGACCAUAAUAAACAACUUCGUGAUCAUCUCAUUUAA